GCGGAAGUAAAGAGCUAUCUCUCCAGAGUCAAAGCUGGAAGGGGUAGCGUUCCACAGCUCUUUCGUGUUGUCGUCUUCUCCCGGAAGUACAGAGCCCCAUCCUCCCGCUCGUUUUGUCUUCUUCGCUUGUGAAUUUAAUGUUGUGAGGACACACCACGGAGGGAGGCGCAUGCGCAGAAAGCUCGCUCCAGCGAAAGCAGAUCCAAAUCGUGUUCACGCAAGAGAAAAUCAAUUUCCAAUGCAUCGUUUAGGACGUGCAAAGGCUACCAGGAUGUUUUCUCACAGACAACCCGCUUGUGGAUCUAAAAGAUCCUGCAUGCCACAAACACCAAACCAUCAUCCUGGGCAACAAACAAACAACACGUUUUCUUCAGGUCCUUCUGUAGAGCCAGAAAUGUUGAUUGACAGGUACAAGCGCGGCCAGACGCACCCCGUGUCCUUGCUGCAUCAAUUGGCUCAGAGUCUGCAGUUCCACCUGGAGAUCAAGGAGACGGUGACCACAGGUAACACAACACGGCUGAUUUUUGCCUUCUGCGUGCUGAUCGAUGGCGUCCAGUACAGGACUGGAAUGGGACCCACAAAGAAGGAGGCCCGGCUCAAAGCCGCAGAGUUGGCCCUCCAUGACCUGCUGCCCACUUUGGAAAAACAGAAGUCGCAAUUCCUCAACGCAUCAGCGUUGCCACCACCGAUGCCGGCCAAAGAGGAGUCGUUCAUGUCAGGGAUUCAAUCCAGUAGAUUUAUUCGUGAGAGGAGGAGUCCUGCUAACCUGCAGAUACCAAACGCUGUCAAGGAUCAGCUCAACAAGUUGAUGAACAGCCACCCUCAGUUCUCCGCCUGCGCAGUCACCGUCGCAGCGUUCGUCAUGCAGACUUCCAGUGGAUGUGAAGUGGUGGCUCUCGGCAGUGGCAACUACAACGCCAAAGAGAGCUCGUCAACAAACGGACGCGUUGUGCACGACUCGCAUGCGGUGGUGACUGCCAGGAGGUCGCUUAUGAGAUUCUUCUACCAGCACCUGCUGAUGUUCUACAGCAAAACCCCCCAUCUGACCGAGAAGUCCAUCUUCCAGCACAACAACAACAGCGGGCUCCUCGGCCUGAAGAGCGGCAUCACCUUGCACCUCUACGUCAACCGGCUGCCGAAGGGUGCCACCAAGAAACCUUUCAGCAUGUCCCUGAACCCACUUUCCAUCACUGCGUGGCAGAUGAACAAUGAGCUCGGCCUGCAUCUGCUGGUCGAGGGCAAGGUGUUCCCCGUGUCCGCGUUUGAGCACUGCACCUCCAAGAUGGUCAGCAUGUCGGCCGCAGACAAGAUCACUCAGUGGCAAGUGCUGGGCUACCAGGGAGCCUUGCUGAGCCACUUCAUGGAGCCCGUCUACGUCCAGAGCAUCCUUAUCGGCGACUCUGACUGCGAGGACACUCGCGGCAUGGAGUUGAUUGUGAUCCGCCGCACGGAGACCAUCACCUUCCAGCUGCCCGUGUUCUACUACAUGAUGAGGCCUCAAAUCUUUAUGGUGCCCCCCGUCGCCACACACGGCGACCUCCAGGUGACCUACGGUUUCAACUGGAGCGAUGGCGACAGCUCCAUCGAGGUGGUGGACGGUCUGAUGGGCAAGACCUUAGACGAGUCUCCCUUCAAGAGUGGCUCAGCUCUGGCAAGCCGGCUGUGCAAAGCGGCGAUGCUUCACCGCUUCAAGUUGGUGGCCAAAGAGGCCGAGAGGCAGGAUCUGCUGGCCACAAGUUCCUACAGAGAAGCCAAGAGGAUGUCCAAGCUCUACCAGGAGGCCAAGAAUGUGCUGAGGGCGUUCCUGUUGCAGCAAGGCUACGGUUCUUGGCCAGACAAGAUUAUGCUCUCCAAUGGUGCGGUUCAGGAAUUCCACAGAGUAAUCGAUGUAGCCGUAGCGGUCGCUGCACGCCUCUUUGACGUUCUCGUCGAGUUCUCUCCGGCAGCAUUUGAGCGCCGUCGAGAUGCAUCGCGUCUGGGUGAGAGUGAGAGAAAAUGAUGUGUUCAUUUCCUGUACUAGAAAACCUUCAGUGUGGUCUAGACAAAGCUCAGGUAAUUGAACCAGCUUUGAUAAACGGGGGAGUACCCAACAUGACUUUAUUAUCUUGCACAUUGUUGACAUGAUUCACAGCUUUUUCCAAUACUUACCUUCAUAUUUGUUGGCGCGUGGAACGUUGCGUUUGAUGGCUGCGCGGACAGAAAUACAAUACCGUCAACAAUAAGUCAAGCGAAAUAAGUAAUAAGUAUCAUUCAGGACUUACACAUAUGACAUGUUUCCGGAUGUAGAACGUCUUUGCAUCUCUUAUGUCUAAAGGUAGAGCGUCUGCUUCAAGGUUGGCAAAGAUAACGCAAAUCCAAAAGAAAAGCCUCAUCAGGUUCUCCAUAGUCACCUUAAAGGAUGAUCAAGCUUGUUUAGUCAAGAUGUUGUGUUGGGUUUACGUUCCCCCCCGUCAUGAAUUUAUAGCUGUUGGCUGGAAAGGGUGGGUUGACUAGUUAUCAGCUAAUGCAACAUUCUUUUUCCUAUGCUCUUGGGAUUUUUUGUCGUGAUGCAGCUACUACUUUGAAAAAAAAGGAAAAAUCCCCCAUGUGGCCUCUUGCGUGAAAGUAGGUUGGUUGUCCGUAGUUUGUUGUGGUUUCUUCUUGAUUUUCCUCUUCAAUGUGUGUGUUUUACAAGAAUGAAGUCAUAAUGGUGCUGGGAAAAUUAAAAUGACAGCACGAACGUGAAGGCAACAAUGUGAGACCACCUGACAAAUUCAUUUGUUAACAUUAUUUAUUAUAACACAAUUGAACAAAUGCAACACACGGGGACAGUUUUAAUCUAUGCAGUCGGUUAAUAUUACCAGUUAAUUCUCUAAAAGUGUAAAAAAUUUUCUAAAAAUUUAGUCUACCGUCGCGGCGGUCUCCAAUCCAGACAUGUCAACACUGUGGAACACGCACAGAAUGGACAGGCAAGAGAGCGCUAGGAGGGAUAAUAACACUGAGCCACUUCAAGCUCCGACUUUUUAGUUAGGAACGGUUUUGGGAUGUAAAUGUAUUACUCGUUUGAACACUUAUAAGUCAAACUCUUUAUUAAAGGACCCCAGCGACUCCCAGGACAAAGUGGGUGGUAAGUCACCGCCGAUGGGGCUAUCGUACUACUUCAUGUCAAAAAAUCCAAACUAUCCCUUUAAGUAAAUAGUUUGUGUGUUCAGAGUAAUACAUUUGUAUCACAAAAAUGCACGCAGUUCCCUGUCAAAACAUAUUAAAAGUCCAAAAAGUCCAAACAGUACUCCCAGCUGGGAGUGGUUCGCUGGCCGAUGGGGGGGGUAUUCCGGGACAGUGGAGGACACCGCGACACGUCCUUUGCUUAACUUACAUGUAAUUCCUGAUCACAUAAAGUACUGUAAAGUGUGUCAAAAUGUAAUUUCUUGAUCACAGGUUGAGGUCCGUCUUGGUUCGGACCCGGACUUUGGUCUGCUAGUUCGAGACAUAUGGUCUAGCCCAGUGAUUUUCAACCACUGUGCCGCGGCACACUAGUGUACCUUGAGAAACCGUCAGGUGUGCCGUGAGGAAUUAUCCAAUAUCACUUUUUAUAAUUAACAUUUAUUAAUCAUCAUUUGCAAAUAUUAUGUCAAUAGCCAUUAUGUCAAUAGUAUACAUGGACCCAAAUAUUCCAAUUGCAUUUGGUUUAUUUGCCCAAACGGAAAGAAUUGAACAGGGAUGGAAUAUUCCUUUAACUCAGGGGCCUCAAACUUGCGGCCCGCGGGCCAAAUGCGGCAUUUUGCAACAUUUUUGGUUAGUGGUGUGCCACAAGAUUUUUCCAAUGUAAAAAAAACGUGUCGUGGCUCAAAAAAGGUUGAAAAACACUGGUCUAGCCUUUAGCCUGGUCAUCCCCACUCGCUUGUGGGAUUCCAAUAACUACAAGCCAUCUUAUAUUAAUUAACUAAACUUGACUGUAGAAGUUAGCGCUUUGGUAGCCAUACAGGAAUCGUGAAAAACGGCACCAUUGUCAUUCAUUCAUUCAUUCAUUUUCUACCACUUAUCCUCCGCGAAUCCGUUCCAGACACCCAAAAAUAUGAACAAAAAAUACAAUUUUCGAAUGUGUGAAUCCCUCAUUUGUCGCAGUUAAUUGAUUCCACACCCCAACCGUGAUAAGUCCAUUUCCACAAAGUCGGGUUCCUUAUAAAAUCGUAGAUCACUAUGAGAGACCUCUAUAAUCACCUCUGCACUCCUAUUACCCAAUAUAGUAGACAUAAUAAUAAGAGGAAAUAAGAAAUAAUAUAGAAUAAGAGGGAGAGUUCCUAUGGCUAUUGUAUUAUCAUUGUCUUAACAUUACUGACAACUAGUGGCCAGUGAAGAAUACUACAUCUUUAAAUCCAUCCAUCCAUUUUCUAUGCCGUUUAUCCUCACUA